AUGACAGACCAGAUUGAUAUCAAGCAGGUCUCUGAGAUGCUGUGUGAUGCCUUUGAUAAUGUCAUGGCGAACAAAACAGGUGGCCUCACAGAGAGUGUGCACGCACCCAAGGCAGAUAGCAAAACAAGAACUACCAGGUCCGCUCAGUCAUACUACCUUACCCCCAUCAACAAACCACCACCGACAUCCUCCAGCACACACAUUGACACUCCUGCCCACAUUAAUCCAGUGAAACCUACUCGCUCCCAGGGCAACACACCGAGUAAGGAUCACCGUUCUUUCAAUUCUAACACUCCAUCCAAGAUGGCCGAGAUCUCGAAGGAUUUUCCCGUUGCCAACGUGGAUGAUGCUGCCGGCUUCAUGGCCUUUGCUCGAGCUCUUAGAGAGAAACAGGCUCUUGAGGCUGCAGCUGCGGGCAAGACUCAGACUGCGGAUGGCUCUGGCCAGCAGAAUGAAAACAAUGAUGCCUGGGGUGCCUUUUCUGGUGGUGAGCCCACUACCAACGAACCUGUGCUCGCGUCUGGCCCCAACGACGCGUGGCCCACUGACUCCGACUCGGGUAAGAACAACGGGAUUGGCGAUGAUUCCGAGAACAAGCAUAGCCUUUCAAUGCCUGGCCAGGGUGAAGGCCCCGAGACUCCCAAGUCUUCCUGCUCGGCACUGAAUGGUGGUGUUUCCGAGUUUGUCCCUCGUGGCAACGCUGCCGCAGCUCCUCAGGAUGCUCACGCUGCUACUGCUACUGGAGGCUCUGAUAGCACCAUUGUUGAAGAAGAGGAAGAUCGUGAGAACCUGGCCACUUUCAAGACUUGGGGCACUCCUGUGACGCGUGGCAAACCAACUGCGCAGGUAAGACGUGUCAUUAUCAAAGGACUACCUGCUUCUUGGGCGACCCCUGCCAAAGUCUUGUCCCUGAUCCACGGUGGCAUGAUUGAGAGCAUCUCCAUCAGUUCUUCCGGCAAUGCUCACAUUCUCUUCUGUGAUCACGAGGCCUGCCAGGCUUUCUACGACAAAUACCCUAAUGGCAUUGACCUCGACAAAGAAAAGAGGAAGACUGUCUUUGUGGAAAUGGGUACGGAGGUCGACGUGAUCAGCUCCCAGCUCUCCUUCAACCUUUCCAUUGGAAGUACUCGAGUUGUGCGCGCGAUCGGUGUCGAUAUGAGUAUCACCAUGGCACAGCUCCUCAAGCUCGCUACGAACAACAAUCGCAAAGUGGAGAAGAUAUUGGACUCUUGUGUUCCUGGCGACGCUCGUAAUGUCGUCUUCCGUUUCUGCACCAUUGACGAUGCCGUCAAAUUCCGAGCUGCGAUCAUUCGCGACGCUGAUUGGGAACACUGCAAUAUCCAGCACGCGGCUGACCCAUGUGAGCUCGCCACUGGAUUCCAUGCCGACUAA